GUCCUUAACAUUCCAAGCUCAUUGUAUAAAUAACUUUCAUCGAAGCGUCACCGGAGGCGUUUCUUCCUGUGCCUCUUCAACUGCCCGUAGGCUUAAAGAUCCGCCUUCCUCUCCUCUUCUCUAUUAUUAGUUGUCGCUUCGUUCUUCGGAUCGAAACCGUGAGAAUCGAGAUGAGGGUAUCGCUUUCUCAAUUGGGCAACGUCUUGCCUAUCCCGAAGCUUUUCCGGCAAUUGGAGCAAGAAAUGGAAACUGUAAUCAAGGUGCUACAACCUGGCCCUUUGGGUAUCAUCGAGCACAAAUACACCGCCGACGAAAUUCGCGAGGCAAACGCUACGGUUCUUAGAGCCGUCGAGAAUUGGCGGAGGAAUGCGAUUGUAGAGCAAAGAAACGGCGUCUUGAAAGAUUACAUUCACAGGUAUCUUGUGUCUGGUUACUUCUGUUUGUAUCUUUGCCCUUUUAAAUUCUUGGCCUUAAAAGUUUGGAAAACUGCCAGUGCCAUGACAUUGUUAUCUGCGAAGAUGCCCUGGAUUCUCUAAAGUUUAGUUGCUGUUUCUUAUAAUUGAUACUGUAUUCUGUAUGGAAGUUUUCCACAGUAUAAAGUGGAGCAUUAGGUUGAAUCAGUGUUCAAGCCAUUAAAUUGAGCAUGUAAUUCAAAGCACCGGCAAGGAUAUUACAUGAGAAGUUAAACACAAGUUAAUUGUAUAUGCAACCCUGCCUUCAGAAGAAAGUUUAAAAGGUAAAAAUCGUUAAUUGGUACUCAUUUUUUAAUGCCAAAAUGAAUAAUAGAGGUAGUCAUUUUUCUAAUUUGUUUUGCAACCCGGCAUCAGAGCUGAGUUGAGAAAGUACUUUUGUUUCAUAUCCAUAUUGCUAAGCUAUGGGACUAGCUGAUGAUCCACAUGGAAGGCCAUAACCUGAGGGACACAUCCAAUGAGCUGUUGCCCUAUGAAUACAGCUGGUACAGUGGGUUGACGCCCAAGCUGCUAUUGUGCCUUAUCAAUUUGUUGAAUGUUUGGAAUCUGGUCUAGCGUGCGGUACGAUUUGCCCCAAGGUCAAUUACGAGUCCCGUCAUGAUAUGGCACACGCAACCACUGCUGCUGCUGCCGAAGAUCUCGAGGGCUACAUGAAAGGAGAUAAUUUGGGUAAUAUGUUGUACUAUGAAAGCUCGAUUGGAGGCUUCAAAUGCUUUUCUCUGAUGAACCUAACCCAAUCAGCCAGAAGGCAAGGCUAGUAUUCACUGACAUUAUUUAGAAAUCAAAAUGAGUUAGCAACACCAAUUCAAACUUGCGCUUUGAAACUGAGAUAAAAUUGUCUUUGUAGAUUGGAACUCGGGUUGAUCCCACCAGAACGCGGAAGAAAGACGUUAUUGCAUCAAGGACAUGUAUUUGGCUUAAUAUCAAUUAAUGUUAGAAAGAUUCAAAUUUAAGUGAAAGUAACCGCGAAAUUUUGACUUGUAAUUUAACCAGAGUCACUAGAUAAAGCAAAACUUCGGUUGAAGGCUAGAGCAUUCUUUCCAAUGUUGCGCACGAGAGCUAGCUCUAUAAAACAUGGGCUAUAUAAAUAUAAGCGGCAAGCUUAGAAGUAUCUUCCUAGGUUCUGCUUUUUGUAAGUUCUGAUGCUAAAGCUUGGCCCUUCAAGGUUCCUACUAAAUAAUUUUUAAAGUAGUACGGUCAGUGUUAAUUUCAAGUCUUAUGUGAGCUUAAUCUCUUUGAAUGAUUUAAAAGUGUAUUUUUUCACAUAAGUCUGAUAUGUUUAUGAUUUUACUUUAUAGUGUUUUCAUAAAGAUCGAAUCUAGAUUAUCAAGGAAGAGGAACCUCCUUCCCUCGCCAGACUUCUUGUGGGUAGUUAGUUCAUAAAAUCGGUAACUGAAUACGUAUGACAAAUGGCACAUCUUUGUUGGUGCUUUCCCUGUUUCAAGACUGAGAAAAUUCUCCGACACAAAGUGGCUAGUUAAAAAGCAUCAAACAGAAGUCUCAACUCCAGUGUAACUCAUCUUCCAGAUCUAAAUUAUUCUCCACAUAUGUUAAGCAGACUAAUUAUGAUUUGAAAAGCAGGAAUGUUUUUUUUUUUUUUUAUCUCGCACGAUUCGCCUUGAUGUGGCUCCAUUCAUCUUCGCACACCUUGGGGGUGUUUAGACUUUAGACGUUUUCAUAAUCACGAG